AUGGGUGGUUCUGAAGCAGAGGUAGAGCAAGGGAAGACAAACAUACCAAAGCUACCCUUGUUCAGCCCUCCACAAAUGCAUUCACCAGAGAGAUCAGGAAUGGUAACUCCUCCACUUCACACUUCUGCUUCAGUCCCAUUUGGAUGGGAAGAAGAACCUGGAAAGCCAAGGCCUUGUACUGCUCUUGUGAGCUUCUCCAAGUCCACUCCAAAGUGCUUGGAACUUCCUCCAAGGUUUCUAGUUGAUGCCAAGCUCAACAAACUACCCUCACCCACCACAUUCCUGUUGGAAGGACCCUGUAACAGUUACCAGUCUCUAUCUUUCAGAAUGAGUGAGGAUUGUCAUGGUUAUUUUAGUGCCAAGAGAGGACAACUUGGGACUACGAUUCUCAGCAAAGGUGUGGGGAUCAAGGAUAAUGGGUGGUUUGGUUCUUGGAGAGAAAAGGCCUUCAAGGUUAAAAGAGAAGUAAGUGGGGGUAGUCAUGUUUUUCCAUCUUCUGCUGAUAAGGAUAUUGAUCAUGUUGGUACAAUUGGAGGUAGUCACAAGAAGGUGAGGGUAAGAAAGAUGAAACCUUCUGGGAGCUUUUCCAACCUAUUUUAUGUCAAGUCUCGUGUGUGGACAACAAUCUGGGAGGGCUUGAAGCAGGUUGUUCCAUGGAGGACUAAAAAACUGAAGAAACAUGGGUGGCAUUCUGAACCUGUUUCUUCUGUUGCUAUACCACUGUCCAUUGCUCGAAACUUUUGUUUUAUUAUCAUGGGACAAGAUGUACAAGUUUUCAAGCCUUCAUUAUAUGGUGUCUUGAUGGAUUAUGGCAGUGAAACUGUGUUAUCUAUCCAAUUCUCACAGUUGAUGCCCAUAACCAUUGAGGACAGUGCUAAUCCUAUUUAUUUCAUUGCCUUUUAA